GCGAAGGGCCGCGGGCGGCCCGGGAAGGGAGGAGGGAGGCUUGGGAGGCUGGCGGGCGGUUUUAUUGUUUCCUUUCGCCCUCCUCCUCCCGCGCCUCGGCCCCGGCGUCACUGGAAAGCCGCCCGAGCCGCCCGGCGGCUGGUUAUUUAUAGCGCGGGCUGCGCGCGCGUCACGGAGCCCGGCCCGGCUGACGGGGCCGCUGACGCGCUUGGCCGCGGGGCCGCGCGCCGGGCGCAGGCGACAAUGGGCUUCUGUGUGUGCAGCUGCUGUCGCCGCCGGGGGCCGAGGGAGGGGGGCGGGAGACUCCCCGGCUCCCCUCUCUGUCGGCCGCGAGCCCCCGAAAGUAUGUCGAGAGAGGGGGAUCUAUCCAGCCGGGGGCGACCACUUUGUGAGCCCCGGGGAGCGGGACCCGUACCACGCGCGUCCAGCUGGGGAUGCGGUGACGGAGGGGCCGGGAGCGCCGGGCAGGUAACGUAUCCUGGACUUAGAGUCGGGGGGCUUUGUUUGGGUCGGGAGGAGGGGAGUAGGGGUGGGUGUGAACGCCGGGCUGCCCUUCCGGGACUCCGGUCCCCCCUCCUUCGCCCCCCUUGCCUGCGCGCUGGAAGCCAACCUGGGUGUGUAGCGCGAAGAGCGAAAGAGAAACUUCUCCUGCGUGACUGACUAGAUGAGGCUCCUCCCGAGAAGCCGAGAUAAUACAGGCCCCUCUCCCGCCGCCCGCCUGCCUGCCUCUCCUCCCCCGGCCGCUCCCUCCUGUCGCCCCACCCCUCGAAGGCUGCGGACCAGCCCCCCACACUUCCCCCUACAUCUCUGGCGGGUUCGCGCCGUGGACGCCCCCGCCCUGCGGGAGGAGGGGCUGGCGCGGAUUUUAGGGACUUCCUGGGAUACGGAGACCGGCUCUGAACCAUCCCCUUUCUGCUGCCGGGAGCUGGGGAAGCUUGCUCUGGAGCGUCUCUCACGUGGCAGGCAGGCAGAGAACUUGCUGUACCUUCUAGGAAAUUACAAUCGAUUUGUAAUGCACUUUCGCUAAUUGAGAGUUCAAAAUUAAACUUUAAUAAAGCAUUUGUGUCGUCUCGUCUAAUUGUGAAAGCUUCCAUCCGUCCUGGUAGAUAGACUCUAAGUCUCAAGUUAAUGGCGCUAAGCUAGAUUUCCCCCCCAAGUACAAUUCUGUCAGCCGUCGUCGGCGCAGCUGGAUUUCCGUAAGGUACAGAUGUUGCUAAUGACAGCUUAAGCACGGAUGGGCAGAUAGCAUACGGAAUGCAACAUGUUGCCAUAUGGUUCCUUUAGCCUUUCACCUCCAGGGAUAUCAAUCACAUAUAUUCUGGGAGGAACUUAAUGACUCUCUGAACAGCAAAAUGAAUUACCUGGUACAAUUUAUAUCCCUUGACCUGAUACGUUAUAACAACAGGAAGAUAGCAUCUCGCAAUUCUGUGGUAUAAAUUGAGCUACAGAGCUACAUUUCAAAUUCUACAACAUCUAUUUGUAGUUUGAGGGGCCCUGUCAUAUUCUGGCUGUAAAAUCUGUUUCUGUAUUGCCCAUCUCCCUCCCCCUCCUACCUCUGGACGAAGCAAAAUUUAUAAAGUUUAGCAAAACUGUGGUGUCGGAAAUUGCCAGUCAACCGAUUAAUAGAUGAAGUGU